AUGGUUAAUAAGGAUGAAUGCCUUAUGGAGGCAGUUGAACCUUGGACGGUGUGGAUUUUGCCAAUGGGUUAUGAGGUUGAUGCAGGAACACUUGAUGCAUAUGCACAACACCUAUUGAAUGCUCCGAUUGAUUCAAAGGAAGAAAGGUUCGACACAUGCAAAGAUAAGUCUAUGGAACUUCAUACCAACUUCACCGAACCUGAGAUAAAAAGAAAAGUUGUUAAGAUGGUGGAGGAAAUCCUUGUGGAGGAAGGUCACCCAAGAGAAAAGGUCAGGGCUGCAAGGGUUGUGAGAGAUGUUGAAGAAAAAGCCAAGAAACCAAAGACUGCUCCAGCUCUAGUCAAAUCUAAGGUAAAAGAUAAAUCAGUUGAGACAGAGGUUGGUGUGACAAGUGGUGACAUCGGUGCACAUAAGGCACCCGUAGAGGAUAAAGGCAUAACAGGGAAGGAUGAGGCAGAGAAAAAGGAAGAGGAGAAGCAAGAAAAAUAUGACAUGGGGAAAGAAAAAAUGAUUGUUGUCGCUGCUCUUCAAGCUCAAGCUAGUCAGGAGUUAGCACAAUCUGAGUCCGAAGAGAAGAAGCUUAUUGAGAAAAAUAUUAAAUUCUUAGAGCAGGCAUAUGAUCCCACAAUAAACUUGAUCGGAAAUGUUGAAGGUCAAAUUUUGACUCUUAUGGGACAUAUUGGUAAUUUGGAGAAGGAGAAGGACAAGAUGCAGAGAAGGACAGGUGAACUACAGAACCUAGUUGGUCCCUGGCCGAAAUUUAAUUCCCCUGCUGCUGCUGCAUAUCUGUCAGGCCCGUACAACAGCCGCUGA